AUGGUCAAGACAUCCGUCCUCAACGAUGCGCUCAACGCCAUCAACAACGCCGAGAAGGCUGGUAAGCGCCAGGUGCUUAUCAGACCUAGCUCCAAGGUCAUCACCAAGUUCCUGAGAGUCAUGCAGAAGCACGGCUACAUUGGUGAAUUCGAGGAAGUUGACGACCACCGCUCCGGCAAGAUCGUCAUCCAGCUCAACGGCCGUCUCAACAAGUGCGGUGUCAUCAACCCCCGCUACCCCGUCCAGCUCGGUGACCUCGAGCAGUGGGCUGUCCAGCUCCUGCCCUCUCGUCAGUUCGGCUUCGUCGUCCUGACCACCUCCGCUGGUAUCAUGGACCACGAGGAGGCUCGCCGCAAGCACGUUGCUGGCAAGCUCCUCGGUUUCUUCUACUAA